UUUGUAUUCGGGUGCCACUUUCGUGCCGCGAAGCACUCGAUUCAGGAAUCGCUUCUGUAGUGAGAGGAGGGGACACCAAGAAAGGGCCUACAGUCAGCUGUCUACUGCAUAAGAAAUUGUUUGACGCAGUGAUUAUGUGCAGAGUGUCGUUGGGAAUCUUGCUACAGAGUUUGAGUUAGAUUGAGAUCGGUUUGAAGAGGAAGAUCGUCUGGAAAUCCCCCGACUCAGCGUCACCCUGCCCGCGAUCAGCUGGGAACCUUCUCUUUGCUGAAGCCCCAGUAUCUGGCAGCGAUAGCCCUCCAACGUCGUCUGGUCAAUGAUUGAAGUCCUUGACUAACUUGGAGUGCGACAAUUCAUUUUGUACCGUAACUUCUUCCUUAUUCUGCUGCUAGCGCCGUUUCUGUGCAUCGGCGGCGAGUAGCCGGAUCUGGGAAGCCGGUUACACUUCGGGGCGAGCACGCGCCAAACUGUCAACAAAAGGAUCGCGAGUCGACCCCCAGUCUGCUGAACUCAACGUUUCCUACUAGACUUAUUCAGGAUAAAGGGUUGCUUCUGUGACUUUCCAUCAUCAAAGUGACCCAAGCUACAGAUAAGACAGGCUUCUGUCGGUGUUGGAAGACGCUGCACUUACUGUACUGAGGGUGGUUCUAUCGUCAGCAAAAAUUUGUGUACUGUUUGUGUGUGGGAGCCAUAUUGAAAAAUACCAUUGUUUCGAACAGUCUCGGAACCUUCUGCCACCCAGUUUGAAUAUCCUGCCACAGACAUGAGCAACUUGAACGGUUUCAGCACGGAAGACGAUUCUCGGGACGCGGGGCACGGCCAAAUCUGCUGCCUGGUGGACGACGGCGACCGCUGCUCCCGCAUGGCCGGCAACGCCUCCUACUCCAAACGGAUUCAGAAGACCGUGGCACAGAAGAAACUCAAGCUCAACAUCGACCACAGCGCCCGCCACAUAUACAUCUGUGACUACCACAAAGGUGUGAUCCAGAGCGCUCGCAGCAAGAGGAAGAGGAAGCUGAGUGACGAGGACGACAAUAACUCCCCGGACCACGACUAUGACGGACCUGAGGUGGACCUCCUCGGUCUCCAGGUAAACACCUUGCGCAGGUACAAACGUCACUACAAGCUGCAGACACGACCUGGUCUCAACAAGGCACAGCUAGCAGAGACAGUGAGUCGUCACUUUAAGACCAUUCCAGUGCAGGAAAAGGAGUGUCUGACAUUCUUCAUCUACAUGAUCAAGAACCACAAGUCCAAGUUCGACCAAAAACAUUUCGGCCAUGAUAGCUAAGUAGCCUAUCUUAGAAACAACAGUCUAACUUUUCUUGUAGAAAUAAGGCUUUGAGCCUACAUUAUAAUAUAAAUAUCCUUGUAAGUAAUGGCAACAUGUGUGAGUGUUGUGUAAUUUUCAUGUGUUAUAACUUACUGUGAAAAUGUCAUUUGAGGAAGACUGUGAUGCAUGUGUCUCAAUUUUACAAGUAAACAAUCAUGGAUUGUAGCACUUGUAGGUACAUUUGUACAUUGUCCUUUCAUAGCACUAAAACAUUUGGCAAAGCAACAUCAGUAUACUAUUCCAUCAAAAUUGAUGUAGAGUAUCAUACAUGAAAUACUGUGAUAAAAUAUUAUCCUGCUAAAGUACCAGUCAGGAGAAUUUGUUUCUUGAAAUUUUCUAUUUUGUCCUUACUGUCUCCCAUCUUUUUAAAUAAGUUUAUUAGAUCUAUAAUCCACUGGAUUUGUGUUGUUUCUCUAAUCUCCCAGGGAAAAGUAAUCUUAUUUUUAGACAUGGAAAUUAUUGACAUUUCAUCUACAAUGUCCCGGGAAGGCACGCAAUUUUAAUCUGUGAUUAAACGUAUAAACAAUGCAGUCAAAAUGUCACCGUACCCACAUCAACUUUGUGUAACUGCCAAUCAAGUCAAUAUGAAAUGUUUACUGUAAGAUUAGCAAGAUCAUACCUGGAUUUCAUUCCUUUUGCCCCAAAAGGUCUGAAGUCCCCAAGGAUUCUAGUUGCUUGUACCUGACAUUUUUUGUUGUCUUUCUUGCCAAAUAACUGAACAAUUGUACACCUUCCCAGCAACCCCCCCCCCCCCAGUAUUCUUUUACCUCCACAAAUUCUUUAUUCACACUGCUGCCCAGCACUGCUGAUGUAUUGCUGAAAAGUUGUGUUUGAUGUAUCUUGUGCUUCGAGUACUUAGCAUGGCUCUGUUUAUCUGCCUUUGAGAUCACUUAAUAAUAACAGUCUUAUGUCAUUUCGUAUGACUGACUAAUCUUCUUUGAUCUCUGACUCCCGAAGAUAGUACAUGUUGUAAUUGUACUCAUACAGAAAGGGUUCUGCCUCAUUUGUAACUUUGUAAGUUGUCAGAAGGGCUCAUUUCUGUAUCUGUAUAGCCAGUACAACUGCCUUUCAGCGGAACACACCGGCUUAACACCAACGUAACACACCAUUUGUUUGGAUCCUAGGGCAAAACUUGGACAGAUUUUGUCACUAACUUGAUCCUUCGAUAUGAAGGGUUGUGUGUACAUUGGGAAAAAAACAGGUAUUUGCAUUUGUACAGAAAGCAAUGAUGUAGUUCAUUGUUGACUUUUAAAGUGAUGUUUGAAUUUUUCAUUUCAGAAGUAUCACAACAGAAAUAGAAACUGUGCGUCAUUCCUUUUCACAAAGUAGUGUCUACCAUUAUUUUGGGGAGCAGUCAAGUAAGGAGCUUUCUGGUAUACAUCCAAGUUCUUAUCAUAUAUAUUUGGUAUCACAAUGUAGUAGAGGACCACUUGUAAAACAUUGGUCAAGAUUUUUUACCGCAUCUGUAAUCUGGGGUGAACUAGUGGUAGGAGGACCUUACAUGAACUAAAAUGUCAUUAUUAUUGGAGGUAUGAGUUUGUCCCUGAUGCUUGUAUAACAUUUCAUCCUAUUGUAAAAGUGGUACAAGUAUUUAACAAAAUUGAGGAAUUGCAUACCAUCCUUUGUUAGCUGUAGUCUAAUGAAUUGGUACACCCUUCUCAUACUGAAAGUUAACCUUCUCUCUGCUAGGUAGACCUUUGUGGCCAAAUUUGUGUUGGUUACAGGGGCCAGCUAAGGUGAAGGUUAACAUGGGUAAUAUUCCAUGGCAACUGAUGGCUUUUCUGGUAGUGACUUCACUUACAUUGUAGCUAACAGUUCACCUAUAUCACUGUAUCAUACACAUAGGAACAGCUUUAUAUAAUAAAACAAUAUGAAGGGAA